AAAUAAUUAUUUAUAUAUUAUGUUACUAUAUAUAUAUAAGAAGGUACAUUUACGUGUUACAUUUAGUACCCAUGAUUGAAUUUAUUCGUUUCUAUUCGUAACGCGUAACGUGAUAGAAGACAUUCCUUUAUUCCUACUUAACAAAAAUGGAUUUGCAAUUGUUAAAAAGUAAAUUUCGUGGAUCGAUGUUAGGUGUUUUGAUGGGUGAUUGCCUUGGCGCUCCUUAUGAAAAUGAUGAACUUUUAUCGAGAGGCUCAAAGCUCGUUUUACAAAAAUCUUUUAACAAGUUAGAAAGUCCGGUAACAUUUAAAGCACCUGUCAUGCAGUUCACAGAUGACUCGGCUAUGACACGAUGUGUAGCUGAAUCGUUAAUCGAAAAAGAGGACUUAGAUCUGAUUGAUUUAGCGAAAAGAUUUGUAAAAAGCUAUUAUCAGGAACCUUUUCGUGGUUACGGACCAGGUGUUGUAACCGUCUUUCAGAAAUUACGUGGUAAUAAAUUUAAAGACGUUUUACUUCCUGCAAGGGAACAAUUUAAUGGGCAAGGUUCUUGGGGUAACGGAGGUGCAAUGCGUGUCGCACCUAUUGCAUUAUUUUCUUAUCAAAAUUAUGAAAAACUUAUAGAUAGAACUAGGAGAGCAACAGAAAUUACACAUACUCAUAAAACUGGCAUAGACGGUGCUAUUUUACAGGCAUUAGCUAUUCAGCAGUGUCUCGGUUUGAAUCCAAAAGACGGAUUAAAUGUUUCUAAUUUUAUUAAAGAACUUAUUGAAAAAAUGGAUAAAAUAGAGGAAGACGAUGAAGGUUUGGAUUUAGUUGAACCGCAACCUUACAAGUUGAAAUUAGAAAUGUUACAAGAGUUAAUUACCAAAGAUGAAGACGUUUUGAAUAAUGAAGAAGUAAUUCGACUACUUGGUAAUAGUAUAGCUGCUCUUCAUUCUGUACCUACAGCAAUAUUUUGUUUCUUAAGAGCACAAGAGUCCAUUAAAGAUAUAGAAACUGAAAAUCCACUUAGAAGGGCUAUACAAUAUGCCAUUACUUUAGGUGGAGAUACAGAUACUAUUGGUAGCAUGACAGGUGCUUUGGCAGGUGCUUUUUAUGGUGAAGAUAACUUUAAUUCUAAUCUCAUGGAACAUUGUGAAGCAUCAAAAGAAUUUGCACACCUUGGUGAAAAACUACUUGAUGCAGCAUUAAAGCAAUAAAUCAAAUAUAUGUCUAUGUAGGUGAUGAGUUGCUUCUUUUCUUAUUUGUAGUAUUCAAUGUAUAUAAAAUUAUCUUGAAUAAAUGUUGUCAAUACGGAAA